CUUCACUUCUCAUCUCCAAUCAUUCCAACAACAACAACAUCACCGUCAUGCAAGCCAUGUGCCUUCGGCAUUCAGGAGUUACCGCAUGUCUCUUCUGACAAAUCUCAUUCCAUCCAGCUUCACUGCUCCCUCGUGGGUCCAGCCCAACAUGUCCACUUUUCUCUCGGCUCCCGGACGUUCAGUGACUUUAACUCGGGAUCAGGGAUUGAUCUCCACUGCUCCGAACUCCGCCUCCUACGCUGUCUGGUUGGCCCGGAUGCCGGAGACUCCUGCUGGCACCCAGCCCGUACUCUUCUUAGCUACAAUUCAAGCAUAACAAUCAUAAUAUGUGUCACAAAGAUCGAUAUUCCGUCUUGAUUAUUCGACUCUAUUCCGGUCUUUUCGGGCCCCCGGGCGUUAGCCCUGCACGAUGAGCAGUAUUGAUCGGAUUGCCAAC